GUAAAUAGUGGGCCAGGCAGGAAGAUGGCGGCGGUGGCGGAGGUGUGAGUGGACGAGGGUCUCUACAGCUGAUUUUUCUCUUCCCUUCCUCCUCGCUUUCUCCUUCCCUGAGGUUGACAUUGAGGGGGCCGGGUUCGGCUGGUGGCGCCAGGCGCAGCGCAGGGGUCACGGCGACGGCGGCUGACGGCUGGAAGGGCAGGCUUCCUUCGCCGCUCGUCCUCCUUCCCCGGUCCACUCGGGGUCAGGCGCGGCGGCGGCGGGGCGGCGGGUACACUUCGUCCCUCCUCCUGCUCCCUCCCGCACCGGAGCGGGCACUCUUCGCCUCGCCAUCCUUCGACCCUUCACCCCAGGGACUGGGCGCCUCCUCCGGCACAGCUCGCGAAGUAGGGGCCGGUCUCCUGCUCGGCUGUCGCGCCUCCAUGUCGGAUAACCAGAGCUGGAACUCGUCGGGCUCGGAGGAGGACCCGGAGACGGAGUCCGGGCCGCCCGUGGAGCGCUGCGGAGUCCUCAGCAAGUGGACAAACUACAUUCAUGGGUGGCAAGAUCGUUGGGUAGUGUUGAAAAAUAAUACUCUGAGUUACUACAAAUCUGAAGAUGAGACAGAAUAUGGCUGCAGGGGAUCCAUUUGUCUAAGCAAGGCUGUCAUCACGCCCCAUGACUUUGAUGAAUGUCGAUUUGAUAUUAGUGUAAAUGAUAGUGUUUGGUAUCUUCGUGCUCAGGAUCCAGAUCAUAGACAGCAGUGGAUAGAUGCCAUUGAACAGCACAAGAGUGAAUCAGGAUAUGGAUCCGAAUCCAGCUUGCGUCGACAUGGUUCCAUGGUGUCACUGGUAUCUGGAGCAAGCGGCUAUUCUGCCACCUCCACCUCUUCAUUCAAGAAAGGCCAUAGUUUACGUGAGAAAUUGGCGGAAAUGGAGACCUUCAGAGACAUCCUGUGUAGACAAGUUGAUACUCUCCAGAAGUACUUUGAUGUCUGUGCCGAUGCUGUCUCCAAGGAUGAACUCCAAAGGGACAAAGUGGUAGAAGAUGAUGAAGAUGACUUUCCUACAACACGUUCUGAUGGUGACUUCUUGCAUAAUACCAAUGGCAAUAAAGAAAAAUUAUUUCCACAUGUAACACCAAAAGGAAUUAAUGGUAUAGACUUUAAAGGGGAAGCAAUAACUUUUAAAGCAACUACUGCUGGGAUCCUUGCUACACUUUCUCAUUGUAUUGAACUAAUGGUAAAACGGGAGGACAGCUGGCAAAAAAGGCUGGACAAGGAAAAUGAAAAGAGAAGAAGAAUAGAGGAAGCAUAUAAGAAUGCAAUGACAGAACUUAAGAAAAAAUCCCACUUUGGAGGACCAGAUUAUGAAGAAGGCCCAAAUAGUCUGAUUAAUGAAGAAGAAUUCUUUGAUGCUGUUGAAGCUGCUCUUGACAGACAAGAUAAAAUAGAAGAACAGUCACAGAGUGAAAAAGUCCGGUUACAUUGGCCUACAUCCUUGCCAUCUGGAGAUGCCUUUUCUUCUGUGGGGACUCAUAGAUUUGUCCAAAAGCCCUAUAGUCGCUCUUCCUCCAUGUCUUCCAUUGAUCUAGUCAGUGCCUCUGAUGAUGUUCACAGAUUCAGCUCCCAGGUUGAAGAGAUGAUGCAAAACCAUAUGACGUAUUCAUUACAGGAUGUAGGCGGAGAUGCCAAUUGGCAAUUAGUUGUAGAAGAAGGAGAAAUGAAGGUAUACAGAAGAGAAGUAGAAGAAAAUGGAAUUGUUCUAGAUCCUUUGAAAGCUACCCAUGCAGUUAAAGGUGUUACAGGACAUGAAGUCUGCAAUUACUUCUGGAAUGUUGACGUACGCAAUGACUGGGAAACAACUAUAGAAAACUUUCAUGUGGUGGAAACAUUAGCUGAUAAUGCAAUCAUCAUUUAUCAAACGCACAAGAGAGUAUGGCCUGCUUCUCAAAGAGAUGUAUUAUAUCUUUCUGCUAUUCGAAAGAUACCAGCCUUGACUGAAAAUGACCCUGAAACUUGGAUAGUUUGUAAUUUUUCUGUGGAUCAUGACAGUGCUCCUCUGAACAAUCGAUGUGUCCGUGCCAAAAUAAAUAUUGCUAUGAUUUGUCAAACCUUGGUAAGCCCGCCAGAAGGAAACCAGGAGAUAAGCAGAGACAACAUUCUAUGCAAGAUUACAUAUGUAGCUAAUGUGAACCCUGGAGGAUGGGCACCAGCCUCAGUGUUAAGGGCAGUGGCAAAGCGAGAGUAUCCUAAAUUUCUAAAACGUUUUACUUCUUAUGUCCAAGAAAAAACUUCAGGAAAACCUAUUUUAUUUUAGUAUUAACAGUGACUGAAGCAAGGCUGUGUGACAUUCCAUUUUGGAGGAAAAAAAGAAAAAAAUUUGAAUGCUCUAAGCUGGAACAUAGGAUCUACAGCCUUGUCUGUGGCCUAAGACCUUGGCCUUGUGUACAAAAAAGAAGAAAUAUUGCAAUAGUAAAGCUGAACAUCUAACACUAGCUAUCUCCUGCUAGAUCUCCUUGCUCAGCAUAUAACUAUAAAUACAUGUAAUAUUACAUGUAUAUGGCUAUAUUUUUAUUUGCUUGCUCCUAGAAGAGAAAAAAAUCAACUUUCAAUCAUAACUAGGAAUUGAUGCUUUAAUUAUGGGGAACUUUUUCAGAAUUUUUAAUUUACAUGGUCCAACCUAAGAUCCUUGGUUGUAUCAGAUUUUGUGCACAAAAGAAGAGCACAAAAGUUGAAUGCACAUGGGGCGUGUGCUUUCUGUGCACCAGAUAUCUAAAUGGGGUUCUUUUUUCAGGCCUACAGUCAAAUCUGUGUCCAGAAUUUUUUGACUUUUUUGCUUUGUAUAAUCAUAGAAUUCAUUGCUGCUGAUUUCUAUAAUGAUUCUCACUGUCAUGUUAAGUGUCUCUUAAUAACUGAGGGCUGUCAAUAACCUGUGAUUUUCCCUUUUCUAUAGUCUUACUCCCAUGAAGAACUUGGUUCUGAUGGAGAAAGAGUGAAAAGCUUUAUUCCUCCCCCCACCAAAAUACCUUUAUAUUUCUAUUGUAUUUUUUAGUUGUGUACUAUGUGCUACAGAUUUUUGAGUUUGUUACAAACACAAUUUAGUAAUUCCUAAAUUGGUUCUGCCUGCCUCCAGACAGAAACAUCUGUACAAAUCUUGAGGGUAAAUAUAGACUACAUUCUGGUAUAGUAAUCAGGCUAAAAUGAAUUUGUAUUUUCCUGAAAUUUGUUAGAGACUACAUGGUAUUGCUUGUUAAAACCAGUCAAACUGUUUGAAUUUGACAUUUGAUUCAAGAUUUCUAGUAUUCAGUAACAUAUAUGUUUGUUUUUCUAGUUGGGAUCAGUUUAAAAGAUAAGUUGCAAGAUACACAUCGAAAAUCUGAGCAAUGCUCCCAUUUGCCUCUUGAUCAGAAGCUUGAGCAGAACAGUAAAAGUUGCCACAUGAUCCAAAUGGAAAUGCUUCUUUUAGUUGCUAUAAGAACUUAACAUGUAAAAUAUCUUUUUUAGUUGUAGCUCUCUGUGAAAAACUUUGAAGCAUGGAGUUGAGGCAAGGAAUGGUACUCACUGAAGUCAAAUGACUGCCCACUUCAAAACCUUCAUUGUGUUUACAUGCAGAUGUAUUUAUAUAAUUCAGAGGCAUUUUGUAGAUGCUUUGCUGACUUGUUCAUCUCUUUAGAAACAGAAAUCAAACCCAUUUUGUAAAGCAGAAAGUCCUGUCAUGUAAAACAUGUCCUGUAUAUAUAUUCCAUACAUGAUAAUGGAGUCUUAAUGAUAAAUGCAAGGUGAUAAUUUAAUGAUGGGAUUAGUCUGAUUGAUUAAUAUGCACAAUCCUGGAAGUGAAUUACUUGCAUUGGACAUAAUGAUAUUUAUUAUUCUGUACAGAGAGAAAAUACAUAUAAAACAUAUACUUACAUUACAUGCACGCAGUUUCAUGCUCCAUAAAUCUUUUCUAUAUUUUAAUUUACCUUUCUCUAAAUGAUGUGCAUGGAAUAUGCCUUAUUUCAGAAAAAUGCUGUUCAUAAUUUGAAUACGUGGAAAAGUGCCUAUAUGGUGGUAAUGCUAGUAAGGCAAACAAGACAAAUUAUCACACCCGUUUACUACAUCAACAGUUAGCAUUUUAUAUUGUGGUGUUUAAAAAAGAAGUUUAUACCUCAGAUCUGUAUUUUAUUUUACAAUCAGCUGUGGGGUUUGGGAUGGGAGAAUGGGAGGGCUUGGGAGGGAAGUUUGAUUUACCAUAGGCACUGAUGGGAAUCUUCAAAAUAACUCUCAAUGCCCACUAUAAAUGUUUCUCUGAUUGCCAUUUCUGGUAAUUGUCAUGAAUCCAGACAAGUAACUCUUUCAUAACUAAAUUGGAUAGCUUUAUUUUACAAAGGUAUGGAAAGUUUACAAAGCAGUAUCUAAAUUUAAUAAUCACUAGUUGCAUUUGCACUAAAUGUGAUAUACUUUUUGCAAUCUAUUCUGUAAAUAAAAUGAUUACACUAAAAAUAUUUGUAUUAAAAAAAAAAGACAAGAAAAGAUACAUCUUACCUUCAGAUAACUGCACUGGUACUUCACUGGAGUUAAUUCUGCCCAAACAGAUUUAGAAAUGAGUCCAGGAGUAUGGAAAGAAUCAAAAUUUGGAGAGGUGCUGGCCUUUUACACAAUAUUCAGACCCUCUAUAAUUAUUUUAAUUGGCUAAUUCCUACAUCCUGAAUAUUCAUGCUGUUUUCUCAUACACAGAUAAUUCUCUCCUACAAAGCCAAAAACAUACAUUCUACUCAGUCUUUUAUGCUCUGUUAGAUACCAGAAAAAUACUGGUGAUCUGGAAAGUUUGUCCCUGAGUGCCCACUAAAUGGGACAGAGAGAUGGUGUUUCCCUUGUAACUCAGGACUGACUCCUGGUUUUGAGAUGUAGAAGGAUGAUUGCAGCACUUGAGAUUGCUACAGGGGCAACCAGACCAAAGGCGGAGGGGGGUCUUCUACAAGAGGUGUGAGAAUGCCAAAUAGGGAAAAGAAAGGAUAGGUUUCCCAUCAGUUUAAUCAACUAAUUUGUUCACCUAUACAACAUCAGUGCAGUUGCUACUGAGAGAUUUAGUUGGGCUGAGCUGGUUCUCGUGUGAAAUUGUGCUGGUUAUCUUUAAGCUUUUCACUCAUUUGUCCAAUUAAACAUUUUACCAGUAUUUAGUCCAAGUUGUACAGAUGAUGUAUUUGGAUUAUUGUCAUUGUUCAUCUACAGACUCAAAACAUAAUAAUCAUUUUAAAGUACCUUGGGAGUGUGUAGAGUAUAACUAUAAUAGCUUUAUGAUUCUGAUGUUUUUUAAAAAUAAAGUUGGAUCUUCCAUGUUACAAUCACAAAAUUAAAACCAGUAUUUAAAAGUGGAAAAGUAUUAAAAUAUUAUGGACAAAUA